ACUGUGAAUGCUAGACACCAAGUGUCACUCGCUGCAAGAGCGUCCAAUCCGGGAAAUCCCACGUCUGUGCGACUUAUUCUACAGGGAUUUUCGGGUGAGUCGUGUUGCCGAGGACGCGUAAAACUCCCCUGAUUUCUCGUCAGUCACUGUGGGCUUGUGGCUUCCUCGGUACAUUGUUAGGAAUUUGAGUGGUAGCGUGUUACCUGAGCACCUUACACCCCGGUAAUCAGAGAGGCAAAAAUGGAACUGGUGAAUAAAGCUAGUUGUAGCAACGAUUUUGGAUUACGCAAGAGAUUUCCGUGGACUGGCAUACAAAAUCAUACGCCUUGGCUGGAAGACGCAACAGACUCGGAAAUGUCACAUAUACUGUUAAUGCAUGGAUUGAGAGGCUCGGUCAAACGCAUUCAAAAUCCUUACCUCUGGGCUCGCUACAUGCUACAGUAUGAAGAACUCAAAGCUGAAUCUAAGAAUGUCAGUGAACGCAUUGUGAUUCAUGCCACAUCAAAUGCUAAUGCAUUGAAGAUAGCAGAUGAAAACUUCAACUGGCGGUUUGUCUGUCGAGAUAAAUUUGGCCAUGGAGUGAGCUUCGCGAAGCAUGCAGCAUAUGCCAAAAGACAUGCCCAGCAUAAGAAUGUUUACAUUAUUGCAGGCAUUCUCGUAUCUGAAAUAUCUGAGGGGAACCGUAACACAAUAAUCCCACCUGGUGACUGCGAUACUACAGUGGACUUUACUUAUGGCAAUGUCUAUGUCAAAUAUUACGACAAUGAGUUUUACCCAUAUUACAUUGUGCAAUAAUUCCAGUAAUUCGAAAUUUAUUGCAUGCCUUACCAGUUGUUACAAAUAUAAAAAAUCAAGUACUGAA